ACACACCAGCUUUCACUUGAACCCUGUCCUUCAUUAAGAGACACAUCUUUGCUGUCACAGAGCUCAAAACUCAAAACAUUUCUCUAAACUGCAAUACUAGCAGUACUACUACAAAAUACUCCAGUACUGCAAGAAAUAUUGUUAAAAUAUCUUCUGGUAGGCGCGCUACAGAGCACUGUUCGCCAAAACCAACAGAUUCAGGAACAGUUUCCACCCACAAGCCACCUGACUUCUGACCCACAGUGUCAGGUUCAGUUCUGGUCCAUAACCCAGGAACACUGUCUAUACAGCAGCUAUAUUAUUCCACUUAUUUAGUAUUAUUCAUCAUUCCCAUUCUCACAUCUCACUCAUUUUUUUAUUUAUUCAUCAUUCUCAUUUCCUAUUUGUUCAUAUGUUCACACUGUUCAUAUUGUAAUAUUAGAACAUAAUACUAUUUAUCCCAGUACCCUUGCACUAUGCACAUCUAAAUAAUUUUACUGAUAAUUGCACCCAUCCCUCUAUAUUGUUUCUUCUUCAUUGCAAUCAUGCCUCUAUAUAGUUUCUGUUUGGAGUAUGUAUAUAUUGUGUGUAUAUUAGUGUGUAUAUUACUGUUUUGGUUGAUAUGUGUGUGUAAGCACAGUGUGAGUAACGAUGCUCCAAAGACAAAUUCCUCGUAUUUGUCCUCACUCCUGGCGAAAAAAGCAGAUUCAGAUUCAGAUUCAGAUUCAGAUUCAGAAAAACAUUUUUUUGUGGCUACCAUGGCAACCAACGCACAGUUCGAGGACCUGAGAAGGACCCUUCUGGAGAUCCAUAACCGAAACAAGGAGCUGGUCUCAGUGAAUGCUGGCCUGGUGGAGGGGAAGAGGGAAAUCCUCAAGGCUCUAAAAAAAGAAAGUUUGGUUAGGAAAACAAUGAUGAAGGACCAGACAAUCAAGAAUGGAGAGAUCCGCUUUCUCAAGGAAAGUUUGGCCAAAGAAAAAAUUCUCACGGAGAGAUUCCGCUGGAGCUACAACGUGUUCAAUAAAGACGAGGACCAGAGCAAGAGACAGGCCUACCAGAAAGAGGUCAACUGCAUCAUGUCGAAAAAUAAGGCUCUGACGAAAAAAUAUAAGGAGAUGCUGAUUAAAAAUAAGCAUGAGACGACGAAAAGUAGGAAUCUAAUGGUGGAAAAUAAGGAUUUGAUUAUGAAAAAUAUGGAGUUAGAGCGGCAGGAAGUCGAAAAGCUCAAAACUUCGCAAGAGUUCUUUGACGAGGAGUUAAGCCGGGUCGUUGUGGAAAAGGACAACGUGAUCCAGCAGAUAUUAACGGAAAAGAAGGCGCUGGAAACUGAGACGUCGGAGUGUGUGGCCAAGCUGGAAAAGACAGAGAGCGAGAUCUUCCAGAGCGAGGCCAAGUGGCAGAGAAAAGUGUCGGCUCUGGAAGAUAAGGUGCGGCGCGAGAGGGCUGCAAAGGGGAUCUCCGAGAUAGUGGAGGAGCUGGACAGGAAGAGCAGAGAGAUGGAGGCCGAGUGGGACAGCAAGAAGGCUCAAAUGGAGGAAGAGAUGAAGAUCCUCCAGCAGCAAAACACCGAGCUCAGCCUCAGUCUGACGGAGCUGCAGAAGAAGAGCAUGGAGACGGAGGACGAGUGGCACCUCAAGGAGGCUCAAAGGGAGGAAGAGAUGGAGAACCUCGCCCGGCAAAACACCGAGCUCCGGGUUCUUCAACUCAGCCUCCAGGAGCUCGCCCAGAAAACCGACAAGGAGAAGGCCAAGCUGAGAAGAACGGAGAAGAAGGCAGAGGAGGAGGAGUUAAAAAGACAGAAGACAGAAAAGGAGGAGAUGGAGAAGAGACGCAAGAAGGAGACGAAGAAGGAAGCAGAGAGAGAGAAGAAGGUGAAAAUGGAAAAUGAGAAGAGAGAGAUGGAGGAAUUGAAACGACUGAAAAAAGAAGAAGAGGAGAAGGAGAAGAGAGACAAGAAAGAGAGGAAGGAGGAAGCAGAGAGAGAGAAGAAGGUGAAAAUGGAAAAUGAGAAAAGAGAGAUGGAGGAAUUGAAACGACUGAAAAAAGAAGAAGAGGAGAAGGAGUAGAGAGAAAAGAAGGAGAGGAAGGAGGAAGCAGAGAGAGAGAAGAAGGUGAAAAUGGAAAAUGAGAAGAAUGAGAUGGAGGAAUUGAAACGACUGAAAAAAGAAGAAAAGGAGAAGGAGAAGAGAGACAAGAAGAAGAGGAAGGAGGAAUUGAACCUCCCACCUAUUACCCUCAACCACUAGACUUUGCUCUAAAGUCUGGGAUAAAGUCUAUCUUUCAAUUUCCAUCCAUCCAUCCAUCCAUCCAUCCAUCCAUCCAUCCAUCCAUCUAUCAUUAUCCAUCCAUCCAUCCAUCCAUCAUUAUUCAUCCAUCAGCAUCCGUCCAUCCAUCCAUCCAUCCAUCAUUAUUCAUCCAUCAGCAUCCGUCCAUCCAUCCAUCCUCUGAGGAGACGGGGCAGCACUCUGGGUGAUCCGGUUUCCUGCCGUACCCCUGCAGACCUGCAGGUUCAGGAGGGUAACUCUGGGUGAUCCGGUUUCCUGCCGUACCCCUGCAGACCUGCAGGUUCAGGAGGGUAACUCCGGGUGAUCCGGUUUCCUGCCGUACCCCUGCAGACCUGCAGGUUCAGCUGUAGAAGUGGAGGCUAACUCUGGGUGAUCCGGUGGUCCUGACACAACAGAUACAUUACAUAAAUUAAACAAAAUAAAAAAUAAAAGGACAGGACCAAAAACACAAGACAGGACCAAAGAAGAAUCCAAAGCAAAAAAAACAACAAAAAAAAACACAAUGACGCAGCUAGCGCUGAACCAACCAGACUCCAUUUAAAAAACAAUCCUUUUAGCUGCAUAGAGCCGACAUGUGUUCACAUGUAAAUGAGUUACGUUUGUGUUUAUUUCAACCAACACUAGAGUUGUGAUAGUUGGAAAAGUGUUGAGAAGACCAAAAACAGCUUUUCAUAGUUAGGGCCCGAGCGCCGACAGCGGCGAAUGCAAAUGGGAGGUCGCUAGGAGAGGCGUCCGCCAAUAACCCCGAGUCGCGCAGGUUAGCGAGGGCCCUUCAUCGCUGCUUGCAGCUUUAAUUUAAUUUGGUGUUCUGUCCACUUUGAAUGGAAGGUGUGUUACGAUGCUAAAGGACUGUUUAUUUACAUGGAGUCAUGCACACCUGAGAAAUCUUAUUCAGUGUGAGGAGGACAGGGCUGUAGUCAAGACCACCUUAGUUGAGUCCAGGGCAAGUCCAAGACCAGGACUAGUCGAGUCCAAAGAGGUUCGAGUCCAAGACAAGACCGAGUCCAAAGAGGUUUGAGUCCAAGUCAAGUCGAGUCCAAAAAGGUUCGAGUCCAAGACAAGACCGAGUCCAAAGAGGUUCCAGUCCAAGACAAGACCGAGUCCAAAAAGGUUCGAGUCCAAGACAAGACCGAGUCCAAAG